UGAAACGUGUUAGCCUCAAAUGAUGAGAAGCAUUCAGCACCACAAUGUUUUUCCCAGUGGGUAAGUCAUUUAUGUAUGUAUACAUGUUACAAUGUAUGUACGUAUGAUGGGCACAUAUAUUUAUUAGAACAUACGAUGAACCAACUUCUCAAGUCGUAAUAGACUAAACGUAUAUGUAUGACUGACAAUUUAUACGUAUACAGACACAAAAUAUCGAGAAACUGACGUCGUUGGAUUGAUAACACUUGGAAAUGAAUAAAUUAGGUUUCCUUAGAUUAUGGUUUUUUCAUUAAUUGAAUCCAUCAAGCACAAAGUAUGGAAACUCAGAGGGAGUUACAAUUCUGAUUUAUGAUAAAAUAACCAUUGUAAAAUAACCAUUGUGUGCUAAGGUGAAAGAACAUUUGGUGCAUUUGCUUUGAAAGAGGUUAAUUAAUUUAUAGGAAUAUUUGUUUUUUGGUGAAUAUAGGAAUAUUAGUUAAUCGAUAUUAAUUUAUAUAGAGCAAUUUUUAGUCCAUAAUCUUCUAAUUUUUUUCCUUCAAAUAGUGUUAUGUUUAUGAACUUAAGUGAACAUAUUUAUAAAACAAUAAUGUCUAUAUAUUUUAAAUUGCGAUUCAUAAUUUAGGUUAUCACAAUAAUAAGUAAUAACCAUUAUAUAGCUAAAUAUCACAUCUGCAAUUUGAUAAUAUCUACAUGAAAAACAUUUAAUAUUUAUAAUAUAUAUAUAUAUACAUUGUUUAUUUAUUUAUUUUUUUGAAUGAAUUGUUUAUUUAUUUAAUACAAUUUUCAUCUUCCUUUCAGCCUCUUGUCAUCUCCCCACCUAUUAGGACCACUUACAGCAAAUUUAACUUACUUAAUAUAUAUGAGUCAAUUGUGAGGUACAUUAAGAAAUAAGCUGUUAAAAGAACAUAAAAGUGUAGAACAUUGUUUAUUUCCUGAAAACUGUUACCUGUUAGCCAACAAUGACCACUGAUGAUCACUGAUGAAAGAAUUUUUCGAGAAGAAGAAAACCUUAUCGCCUAAGAAUCGCUAUAGAAGCGCGUAUUUAGUAACUUUUCCAGUAAUUCCGACAAACAUUGUCUUUUCUAGAAAACCCAAUCAUGUGAUGUUUCUUUAUGUUCUAUUUUCUUAAUCGAUUAGCGUGUUAACAAAUAAGUAUAUUCUGAUUAAUAUAGAAUAGAAUUAGAAGUGUAUGAUAUAUGAAUGAGAUUGUGAGACCCUCUUAGCUCUUCUCUUGCUUAAUUUGUGGGUCUCAUUUACUGCGGAUAGCUAAAAUUAUGCUCAUGAUAGUCAUGAAUUAUACAUACACGGUAAUAACUAUAACUGAGACCCCCUCCCGUACCCCCCGCCAAAAAGUGUACACAGUAAAAAAGAAUGGAAAAUUACUUAUUGUGUUAUUUAUUGUUGGAACUUUCAUUAUGAUCAUGAUCAUGGACAUCGUUUUAGCUGGCAUAUGAUAGUAGUUAUAAUAUUGAUUCAAUUUCGUUUACGAGAAAUAAUUUCUAAAUUACACAUUUUUUACCUAUGACUAGUGUUGAAGUUAGAGAGGGCAGAAAAAUAUUUGUUAUUGGUCAAAUAUAUUAAAUCAUGAUAAAUUACAUCAAGUUAGAUAUAUAAUUUCAGAGCGAAAGUAAUAGUAUAUUUCAUAUGUCCACCUUAUCGACAUGUGUCUAUAUAUCGUAUAGAUCAGGACGCUUAUGUCCUAGAUUGGUUCCACCUUUGUCCUGAUCGAACACAAUUCAUCUAAAUUUUCAUGGUCCAAGUACCUUCCACGAUUUUUUCCCAUAUAUGUAGCUUAUUGCAACCAGUUAUUUUGGCAUUCAUGUCAUAAUUUUUUUCCAUGGUUCCAUCUCGUCAUACAUUGAUUGCAUCGUUUUUCUCAUAUAUAGCUGAUACAACCAGUUAUCUGUGUAUGAUAGUGAUGUUUUCUUUUUAAAAAUGUUUUGCAUGAGGAGUUGAUUGUAAGGAAGUGAACUGGAGAAGAAGUUAGAUGUGCUAUGAUUGAUUUUAUAUGCUUCGAAGCUGAUUUAUAGUAUACAAUACUGGUGAAUUUGAUUUGUGAGAACAGUAUGAACUAAGAGAAGAAGUGUCCGGCUCACAUAUUUCAAAAACUCAAGUGUUUUCAAAGAGAUCCUCAGAUCCGAUCCUUCCUAUCAAUCCGACCGGAGCUUUCCGCUCCAAAGGCGAAGUCUUUUUACCCAUGACAUCGAAGUUUACGAAACUCAGCGGCCAAUUCAUCGGCAAAUUCACCCGUGUCACCGCCUUGCCUGCCCAUCACACUGAUAUGGUCCAAAGGGUUUCGAUCUUAAAAAACGAGCUUUUAGCGACGGGUAACAGUAAGGAGAGGUUCGAGAGCGUUCUGGAUCAGAAAGGGCAGUGGCUGUUUAGAAGCUAUCGUGAUGGAGCUGGGAUCGUCGAGCUUAUGGACCAACUCUUUACGCUUCCUUACUUAGCUCUUCAGGUUUUGGAGUGGAGAAGAAGACAAUUCGAUUGUUGUAUCCCUCUGACAACUGAGGAGUAUGCAAAAGGGAUCAAGAUCGCGGGUCGAGCUAGGGACAUCAGCUUUGCGGUGUUUCUAUUCAAUGAGGCUGCUAAGAAACGAAGCCAGACGACUUCAGUUUACAAUGCGUUGAUGAGUGCUUACAUGUACAACGGCCUCGCCGAGGAAUGCCAGUCGGUUUUCAGAGACUUCAGGAGGCAAACGCAUUGUGCUCCGACCGUCGUGACCUAUAAUAUUCUUAUAUCUGUGUACGGUCGGCUUCUGAUGGUGAAGAAUAUGGAAGCAGCUUUUGAAGAGAUGCAGAAAUUGAAGAUUUCUCCAAAUGCCAGUACUUAUAACUGUCUGAUUGCUGGUUAUGUGACUGCCUGGAACUGGGAUAAGUUGGAAGCAACUUUUCGAGAGAUGAAGACAGGUCUGGUUCAUCCUGAUACGGAGACGUGUCUGCUGAUGCUUCGUGGGUAUGCAAACUCAGGGGAUUUGAAUAAGAUGGAGGAGAUGUACGAAUCGGUUAAAGAUCAGGUUGGUGUAAACAGGGGUGCUUUGGUCAGAGCCAUGAUCUGUGCGUAUUGUAAGAAAGCUGUUGAGGGUAGAGUCCAAAAGAUUGAGAAUCUAUUGAGUCUUCUCUCUGGGGAGGAAUAUUACCCUUGGUUGAAUGUGCUUUUGAUUCGUCUGUAUGCUCAAGAAGACAUUCUUGAAUCAAUGGAGAGGAGAAUCGACGAGGCGUUUGAGCACAACACGUGUGUUAAUAAAUCGAGUAUUAUGAGGGCAAUCACUGCGGCUUACUUCAGAAGUAAUGAAGUAGACAGUCUUGUUAGUUUCGUCAAGCGUGCGGAGUCUGCUGGAUGGAAGCUAUGCAGGUCUCUCUACCACUGUAAGAUAGUGAUGUAUGGCUCACAAAGACGCUUUGAAGAAAUGGAAGGGGUUGUAAAUGAGAUGGGGGAGACUAAUUAUGGGCUGGUUACUAAGACGUUUGCGAUUAUGGUUAAGGCUUAUAAAAGUCACGGAAUGGAGUUGAAUGCUGAGAGAGUUAUAGGAAAGAUGCUGAAACAUGGGUGUCUACAUAUUCCAAGAACGCAUCUAACUAAAUCGGCUUCAGAUGCAACUCAAGUUGCGUAAAGAGUCCUGUUAUUUUGAGUUGUUCAGUGUUUUUAUCAAGCGUGGGCAUUGGACAUACAGAAGAUCAAAAGGAUGUAGAGCUGUGCCCCAUGAGCCUUGAUAAAAAGAUGCUGGCUAGGCUUCCAUAAUCCGUAACCGGAGUUUUGUUUGAGAUGAGGUAGAGCACCCUUUGUCUCCCGUCAUGAGUGAACUCAGUCAUCAUUAUGUAGCCACAGUUGUACAUGUUAACGGCAAGAGUUUGAAGCUUCCAUGGCAGAUUUUUGAAUAUAUUGGUGGAUGAGAGAACCUUAGUAAAACAAAAUCUCUGUGAGUCAUGAGGACAGGGUCUGCAUUUUUUUACUUGUGUAACAGCUGACAGAUUCUUCUCUCGUAAGAAAAUGAGAACAGGCUCUGCCAAGUGAAUUUAUUAGUUAUCUUGAGAGACCUGACCGUUUGCAGUGUGUUUCUCGUCCUACCAGCUCUCUGUGGGUCCAGUUACCGAUAUCCCCAAGUCAAACUUUUUGUUGUUAGGUUAUUAGCACUCUUACAUCAUCCACAUCUGCUCUGUUGUUUUGCGUUGAGCUCUGUUUGUAAUUUUGAGGAAGAGAUAGCUCAGUUACAUCAAUGUCGGUAUAGUGGGAACCUUAUUCAGAAAUUCUAAUAAGCCAUGGAGCCUUUUGUCGUUAUGAGCUGUGUCAAACCAUUUCAUUAGAGUUCUUUGUUUAAAUGCAUUUUUUUCAUGUA